GAAAGACCAGCGCUUUUCUCAGAACAGGUGCCCUUAACCAACAUGGCUAUUAUAGACUGCCCCCUCCCCCAUUUCUGCUAGUUCUCACUUCUCAUUGGUCUUGGAGAUCACGGGGAAUAGUCAGCCGAUCUAGGGAAAGCAAUCGGCCGAACGCGCCGAGGAAGGGUUUGUUGACGAAGGCUUUACGUGCGCUUCUCGGUACAUGCCUGAUCUGACUUGAAUAUUUCACACUGUUGUACUUCUUGCUGCACUGUACGUUUAUGACAAGAUGAAAGAACAUCAUGUUCUUCAGCCUUUUGAGGAAAGAGAUGCUCACAUUUUGAAGUGAUUGUAUUGAGUCUUCUGACAAGAUUAAUGAAACAGCUCAGUUUACCAGUAACUUCUAUCCCCUCUUGUCCCAAGAUUUGACAAGAUUUUCAAUAUUCUUUUAUACUGUGAAUGACACUUGUUCCUGGGUUAUUGCAUUAGAAACCUCUCUUGCAAUUUUAACGUUUUCUGGUGAUAUGGCACUUUUCUGCCAAACUACCAAUUGGGUAUUACCAACUUCAUUAAAGACGUAUCAGAUGUUCUAUCCUAUUCUGAAUCCUUGCCAAUUACCUGCUGUUUUGGGGUGCUUAAUUUGUACAACAUCAUCUUGGUCUGCAAAACCCAUAGAUCCCAAAGCAAUCUGUAAGGGAACUACGAAGUUAAAAUCUACAGAAAAAGAGGACGAUAUAAGGCAAGGCAGAGCUGGGAGAUACAAUUUCUCUCCCCGCCCUUUCAACCUGUUUGCUGCUGGAGCUUCCAAAAUGAGAUCGAAUCAAGAGUCUCUUACAGAUAUCAAGAAACCCACUUCUUCUAAAAAGUUCAUCCUCUGUCCUCCAGAAAAACCUUUGAGUGUGGAGGAGUGGGGAAAGAUGAUAGCAGAAUUUGAAACAAUUAGAAAGUUUGAAGAGGUAAUGUUUGACCAAAUGAUUGCUCAUAAUAGUCCCAUAGAUGUGGCUAAGUCCUUGCUUGUUGCCGUUGCUGAUCGACAGGGGGAUAUUGCGUAUUCUCUCUUGGUGAAAUACUUAACUCUGUGUGUUUCUCAGAAGGAGGUGGAAGAGAUAUAUGAUAUCCAUGACAUUAUGAAAACCAGAUAUAAGGUUUUAGAAACGGCAGCUUAUAGUCUCCUGAUCAGAGGUCUGAGCGGUUCUCAGCGCUGGAAGGAGGCAUUGUCCCUGCUGGAGGAGAUUAAAAAAGUCAUGACCCCUUCAAAAGGAAACUAUGGAGAUUGCAUCAAAGGGGCCCUUAUUAACCAGGACAUAAAUCUAGCAUGCGAACUGUUUUAUGAGAUGGUUGUAAAGGAUUUGAUGCCAAACCUGGAUACCAUACAAGCUUUCUUUGACAUUGGCAAAAGUGUGAGGGAUGAUCAAUGGAAAACCAAACUCAUUCAUAUCCUCUCCUAUUUAAGAGAUAAUCAAGUAUAUCCUGGAGAAGCACUAAUGCAGAGCAUAAACCAAUGGUUUGAAAGUCUUCCUGGAGAGAACUGGAAAGGAAACUUAACUACCUUAAAAAAUAGUGGACAGUGCCCUUCUUGUGAUCAGUACUUGGAAAAGAUUAAUCUUAGCCCUGAAGAGUAUGACUUUCUCAAGCAAAAAAUAAUAAAGGAUGUGAUACAAGGGACAGAUACAUUUAGGAAAACAAACCCAGAGGAGCUUCAAGAAUUUCAGACCUUUGUGAAUAAACGUCCUCCUUUCGAUAUUGUGAUAGAUGGGCUUAAUGUUGCCAAAAUUUCCCCCAGAUAUAAUCCCUCUCAAACUCUGCUAGAUGUUGUCCUCCACUUGGCAAAUCAUAAUUUGCGACUGCUUGUGCUGGGGCGUAAACACAUGCUGCAAGGAUCUCGCCUUUGGGACCAAAAAAAAAUGGCUGUUAUGCAGAAAAAAGCAGAUUUCUUCUUUACUGAAAAUGUGUCUGAAGAUGAUCCCUUCCUGCUGUAUGCCACUCUUCACUCAGGCAGUCACUGUAGGUUUGUUACCAGAGAUUUGUUACGCGAUCACAAAGCUUGCCUUCCUGACAGCCUCACUCGACGCCUGUUCUUUAAAUGGCAACGUGGACAUCAGAUGGUGCUUUCUAAUUAUGUUCCUGGAAAGAAGAUGAAGUUUGAGCCUGUACUGAAUUACGACACCAUUGUGCAAACUACAGGUAGCACAUGGCAUAUUCCAUAUGAUGACUCUCUUUUGAAAAGAUCUUCUUAUGAAGUACCAACCACAUGGCUUUGUCUGCAACAGAAAUAAAGGAUUCACUUUUCUAAACUGA